AUGGCGGACGUGGUGAAAUCAGACUACAUCUCAAACAGCGCUGAUCCUAAGAGCAUACAGGAUCUUACAACAUUUGUACAAAAUGUCCUCCAGCAGAUGCAAGACAAAUUCCAGAACAUAUGUUUUGGAAUGUUAAUCAGUCCAGGACGCAAUGUAAAGCACAGUGACAUGCAUCUACUGGACAUGGUCCAUAUGGGUCAGGGUAACGAUGGCAAAGUGUACAUUAUCUCUGGUAAUUGGGAUCCCAAGGACUCUGCAUUUGGGAUACUAAAUACGGAGACACCCAAAGACACUCGUGUAUUCAUGACAGUGGCUGUAGAUUUGGUUAUUGCUGGUAUACGGGAACCAGUGCGCUUUGUGAUUGAAACCAAGGCCAAAAUCUUCCCCCAGAAUGAACGCUUCUGGUACAUCAACAAAAAGCCACUUCAGGAGAAGUUCCAUUUGAAACUAAAGGAGGUUGAGAGCACUGAUGGCGAUGAGGCGGCGUAUGAAGUCGUCAGUAUCGUCAGUCAGACGGAGAAGGACAGGAAGAAGGCCAACCUCAGUCUGAACAUCUCCCCAACCAAGAACAUUCCGGAAGAUGUCAAGACUCCAAAUGGAGAUGAAUCCUCAGAGGUGGAAAGCAACAGAAAGGAGCUGCUAGCCUUGGACUUUGAAGGAAUUCUCAAAUAUUUUCGGGUCCAGCUGCCGAAGAAGUACAGAUCAGAGGAGAAUGCCCGCGAGCUGCUGACCACUGCUGUGAGCUGGAAGAUAAGCUCCAAGAAGCUGAAAAAGUAUGAGAAGGAGUACAUGAGCAUCAAGGAAGCCCAAAUGCAGCAGGAAGACCCUAUUGAGAGAUAUGAGCGUGAGAACAAGCGUCUGAUGGAAGCCAACAUGAGGCUGGAGCAGGAGAACGAUGACCUGGCCCAUGAGCUAGUGACCAGUAAGAUACAGCUCCGGAGUGACCUGGAUGCUAUGGAAGCUAGGACCUUUGAGUCUGAAGAUAAAGCAGAUGCCCUGGCAAAGGAACUGCUGUCAACCAAGACUGAUCUGGUGGAGCUGGAGGAGGAAAAGAAGAGAUUGGAGACAGAAUCAGCACAGUUGAAGGACAUGUGCAGGAGAGAGCUGGAAAAGCUGGACCAGGAGAGCAGCAGAAAUAAUGCCAUUAUUGCAGAGUACAAGCAGAUCUGCACCCAGUUGAGUGAGCGCUUAGAGAAGCAGGCAUCUGCCAGUAAGAUAGAUCUGGCUAAAAUCAAGGAAGUGAUUUCUGGCUGUGAUCGGUGCACAAAGCUCGCUAACACGGAUACCCAGUUGAAAUCGAUGGAUACUUCGAUGACCAUUUCCGAUGGCGCAGACCCAAACCAAGUGUUGGAUGCAACCAAGCAGAUUCGGGAGCUCGAACUGGAGCUGGCACAAACGAAGCUAGCACUCGUUGAAUCCGAGUGCAAGACACAGGACUUAACGCAUCAGCUUAACGCAGCUUUAACAGAGUUACAAGCUUCAAAGAAUACUUGGUUUCAGAAGACGUUUAACUCAAUAAAAGAAGCGGCGGCAAAACGAGAUCCUAAAGAGAGGGAUAGCAAGGAUCACAAGGAAAAAGAAAGAGAGAAUAAGGAACGGAAAGAGAGCAUGACUUAAAAAGAAAAUUUAGUCUCUAGUUUAAGUGGGUCAGAGUUCACAUAACACUAAUAAAUUGUUGCUAUAGAGACCAAUAGGACAAUGGGAAGUUUGACUUAAUAGGAAGAAAUUCCAAUUCCACUACUGUACCUUUCUGUAAUCGGAAAGAAAGCUAGUGGCUGAGUCUGUUGAUAUGUGCCAAACUGUCAUUCUGGCAACAGAUUUUUAUGUGUGUCAAUUUCUUCUCAGUGUGAAAUUGUAUUUAUGGCAUAUAUAGCUCAACUGUUACGAGUCGUAGUCAGUCACCAGUGUGUGUGGACAAAGUAUUGUUAUUGACACAGACAAUUUAACUAAAAGAAUGUCACUUUUACAUCUAUAGAUUUUUUUGUGCAUUGUUGAUUUACUAUGUUAGUAAAUACCAUGCUUGUAGGCAGAGGAUUACUACAUUAGAACAUGCCAGAUGUAGUUUCAUUGCUGAAAAUGUGACUCGUAUGCUGUACAUAACUAGUGUUGACAUUGUUAUUGAUGUUAUUUUAAAAAAAUGAGAUAAUUUUGACUGGCACUCUUGCAUACAUUCAAGAACUUCUCAUUUUAAGAAUAGGAUUUGUGUAUAGUUCCAUGGUCACAGUAGUAGCAGUCUGCUUGCUAAUGCUUUUUGUAUUAGUUAAAAGACAACAGCAACCUAAUUGUGAACAUGCUAUGUAAUUUGAUGGAGGGCUUUCUUUUUCUUUAACUACACCUUGUAUAAAUUGAGAUUAAAAUCCAAAGAUAUUUUCAGCCAUGCAGUGUAAAACAUACUUUCAGAUGGAAGUCAUUAUGGUGUUGAUGGGUGAUUGUGCACUCUUUACUGCCUGUGUUGUAAUAUUGUGUCACGAUGGAAGUAUACUUGUGCAAUAGAACAGUGUGUGUGUGUGUGAGAGAGAGAGAGGGAGAGAGAGCUUAAAAAUAAUGUGUACAUUGGUGCAUUUAUAAAAGUUUGUGAAAGGCCGAAUAUUUUCAUGUCUUUCAAAGCAAGCACAAUUGUAUUUCAAGGAGGUUAAGUACAUCAUUUAUUUGGACUUCCUGAACUUUUUUUUUAGCCUGCAGCACUACUAUUGUCAAAUGCUAGUAUUUAAACUAUUAUUCAUUGGAUUGCUGCGUGUUUACACAUUUGUCUGUAUCUGGUUUCUUGUACAUCUUGGCAAGGUAAUUUUGGCCAAGACUGCAUAUUUUGAGGGUUAUAUUAUGGACAAUAGGGUGACUUCUCUGUCUCUUCCUCCUCUCCCCCCCCCCCUUCCCCCACCCUGUACAUACACCUGCUUUCUCUUGUUGAAUGUUUGAGAUAAAGUUUGCAGUUUUGAGUUGGGCAAAACACUGUUAUUUUUGACCCCUACCCUCCCCAUGCAAAG